CCACAUAACUUUCCAUUGGUAGAUAUCCCGCGUCUUAUCUCUCGGUUACCACCAAACACAAGGACCUGCUGCACGAACUUCGAAACAGAAAACCAUCAAGCUACACAGGGGAUGGCCGCUUCAUCAUCUCCCACCGUUACACUCUACAUUUCCCAGCAAAGUCUCUCGCUUCCAACGCCAGGAAACAGAGUUUUUUUCACAAACUACACUACCAGUUUCGAAUCCAAACCACGCAGAUUCUGUAUCAGAAACUCCACCAACGAUGCUUCGGUUGAGACAACCACCACAGACACAGAUUCAGAAAGCUCCAUUGAAGCUCCAAAAGGACCUCCUUCCUUGAUUUCUGCUCUCAAUGUCGAAAGGGCUCUUCGUGGCAUACCAAUCACAGAUGUAGAUCAUUAUGGAAGGCUUGGAGUUGCAAGAGGAUCCUCAUAUGAUCAGGUUACAAAAGCAUACCAAGCGAAGGUGGAAGAACUUAUAAAUCAGGGUUUGGAUGAAGAAGAACUUAGAAGCAAACAGGAUCUUCUAAAAGAAUCAUUCACAAUUCUGUCAACCCCGGAAGAGCGAAGAUUAUAUGACUGGAGUCUAGCCAGAAGCGAGAAACCAGAACGAUAUGUUUGGCCUUUUGAGGUUGACAAAACAAAACCCCCUACCGAGCCUCCCCCUCCACAGGAACCCGAGGACGUGGGACCAACAAGAUUCGUUGGAUACUUCCUGCUGGGAUGGCUCAUACUGUCCAUUGCAUUGUCUAUAGCCCUUGCCCGAUAAAUUAUGAUUGUUUCAACCUCUUUAUUAAGCAAUUAGAGCCAAAAAUUUCCAACUUUUCAGUAUUAAUGAAAAGUGCGUAAUAGAAAAAUAAAAAUACUAUUUUAAAAUGA